AUGACGGGAUGUGGUGACGCUGUAAGACAAGAGCUUCGUCCGUGCAAGAAGCUGGGAGCGUCCCACGACUACAGGGUGGUGGCCGUAACCGGCUGCCAGUGCAGCGGCAAGAGCACGUUGCUGAACGCUCUCUUCGGCACCGGGAUACACGAAAAACGCCUGCCGAAAGAAGGGGCUUCCGGCGGGGCAGCGACGGCAACGGCGGCGUCGGCGGCGGCGGUGCCUUCAGCAGCGCCAACGCCGUUCGUGCUGGUAGACGUGGAGGGCACGCAAAGUCGAGAUCGUGGUGGUACCGACGGCAUGGAGUUCGACAGCAGGACUACUCUAUUUGCCGUGAUGGCUGCCGACGUGAUCAUGCUGAACCUGUGGGCGCACGACGUGGGGCGUGCCGACGGGCAGGCGUAUUCCGUCCUGCGGUCGGUUUUCGAGGAGGCGGUGCGGCUGUACGAGGGGCAAGACGGUACGGGCGACGUUGGCAGUGACGGCCCUGGCCCGGGCACGGCAGGCCUGCUUGCGGGCAGGGAGGGGACGGGGGCGCAGGCGCGGUUUCCGAAGGUUCUGAUGCUGGUGCUAAGGGACGUGGAAGAAGACGAGCACCUGGAAGCCCUGGACAAGGCCGCGAGGGCGAACUUGGAGGCGUUGUGGCGGGACGUCGACAAGCCGAGCAGCUUGCGUGACGCAGGGCUGUCGGAGGUGUUCGAUGUCAGGACCUGCGGGCUGCCGCACUUCAUCUAUCAGCGACGCGAGUUCGCGGCUAAGGCUGCGACUCUCAGCCGAUCGUUCCUCGACCCUACCUACCGAGGGUUCAUCUUUCGGAAGCCUCGGCGGCAAGCGGGGGUGGUGGGAUGGGAGGGGGCUGUGCGGCAGCGUGCCGAAAACCCCGGCGGGCGGCAUACGCUACAUGCGCCGGUGCCCCUGUCACAGCUGCGACAGCGACUGGAGGGAAUAUGGACAUCGGCGAGCAGCAACAACCGUCUUGCCGAGGCUCCUCGUCGAGGCGAGCAGCAGGGAGCCGUGGCCUUGUCGGCGUUGGCGGAGUCCUGCCUGUCGGAAGCGCGUCCGAGGUGCGCGAGGCUGCUGACCGACGUGGAGGCGGCGGUGGCGGGAGAGAUGCCGCUGCUACAGUUCGGUACCGACGCGCAGGAGAUCGUAGACGAGGCUGUGCAAUCAUUCCUGGCAAAGUCUUCCAGAUCACAGAUCGAUGCCCCCGCGGCGGUGCUCCGGGAGAAACGCGGAUCGUUGGUGUCGGCGGUGGCGAGAGAGCUGGAGCCGGCCUUCAGGGCGCACGCGAGGCAUUUACGAGGCCACUUUCACGAGCAGUUCGAGGAGGUGUUUUCCUGCGUGCUGGGGGGAGCGGCGGACUUCGACCAAUCGUCUCGACGGAUGUCCAAGACCAUUAGACAAAAUUUCCUCGAGGCCACGAAGCUAGCGAUUCCGAACACACCCGGAGUGGCGGACGUGUGGCGUUUGCACUGGGAGGCGGAGCUGGUCAAGCUUAACGAGGACAUGGAGAGCCGUGUGCAAGAUCGUCUGUCGGAGGGCACGUGGAUGUUGCCGUCGGACCCGGCAGAGCAGGCAGCGGCGGCGAGGAAGAAGACGCCGUGGUGGAAAGGGUUGGUGCUAAGGGCGGCGGCGAUGUACUUCAACUACCUCCAGGCGACGCAGCACUUGCGGAGGGCGAAGAAAGGCCUCGGAGAGAAGAGAGAGGGACGUGCCGCGCCUUCCGCUCUUCUAGACUUGGCUGUCUUUUUGUCUCUUGUAUGUUGUCUUUUGUCUGUGCUGCUGCGGAGUAAGAGCAGCAUCCCGAGGCUGAAUCAAGACGAGACACGGAACACACGGCUGUGCUGUAUGGCGUAAUCUCGACACGAUUUCUGUAUAAGGCCUUACCCGACACCUCUUGUCUGUUGUCGGGUGAACAUUUUCUUCUUGUUCCACGCAAAGCCAUCUUUUUUGGUUUCUCGAGAGCCAUGCUGAGAGAUUUGUAGCUCUCCCGCCGUAUUCUGUCUGCUCGUUGGAGGUGUCGCCCGUGUGGUCUCUUGCCAGCCAGUGCGCUGUGUCCGUGGGAAGGCGCGAGUAG